AUGUCACCGUUUGCCAAAUUUCGUCUUCUUGAUCGACAAAAUAGUCUUCAACUAAAAAGUCAACCAACUUCACCAAGUUUUAGUCCAAGAAGACAAGGAAGUGAAGAAAUAUUAUUUAAAUUUACUGAUCCAGUUGUUCAAGAUAGUGCUGUUCAAAUUAAAGAACGUUUAUUAUCAUGGUGUAGAGAAAAAACAAAAGAAUACGAUAAUGUUAAAGUUGAAAAUUUUUCAACAAGUUGGAAUAAUGGCUUGGCAUUUUGUGCAUUGAUACAUCAUUUUAGACCAGAUGCAUUUGAUUAUUAUUCAUUAAAUGAAGUUGCAGGAAUUUUUCCACUACUUGAUGUCGAGGACAUGGUGAUAAUGCGUCGUCCUGAUUGGAAAUGUGUCUUUACUUAUGUUCAAUCAAUUUGGCGUCGUUUUAAAGACGAAAAUUAA